CGCCCGUCUUCCCUCUUCUGCGCCUGCGCGACCGUGAUUCCUCGCUUUCGUCUCCCCAGCGCCCAGGCCGGGUCGUGCGGGCCGCGAGCUUCGAAAGGGCGGGAAAGGCGGUUGGAGAGGGAGGGGCGAGCGGUUACUCACUCCAUGGCUGCGGAGAGGAGAGGCGGCGGCGGCCUCGGCUGAAGAAGGAAGGCGGGAGCGGAGAGCGCAGGCGCGGUUGCAGACGUCAACGGAUUUGCUCUGGAAGCUGGAGUAGCUGCUGCCACCAGAUCUGGAGCCAUGAGCGGGUUUAAUUUCGGAGGCACUGGGGCCCCCACAGGCGGGUUCACAUUUGGCACGGCAAAGACAGCAACAACCACACCUGCCACUGGGUUUUCUUUCUCGACGUCUGGCAGUGGCGGGUUUAAUUUUGGGGCUCCCACCCAGCCAGCUGCGAGUGCCCCUGCUACUGGCCUCUUCUCACUCACCACCCAGGCCCCGGCGACACAGACCACGGGAUUCAGUUUUGGAACCACCACUCCUGCCGCAGGAGGAUCCGGCUUUUCCUUGGGGAUCAACACUCCAAAGCUCAACUUGAGCAACGCAGCUGCCACCCCGGCCGCGGCACAGCCCGGCGGCUUCGGGCUGGGCAGCAGCACCCUCACCAACACCAUCUCGAGCACCGUCACCUCCAGCCAGGGCACGACCCCCAGCGGCUUUGUGUUCGGCUCCACCACCACCACCUCUGCCGCUCCAUCCACCACCCCCGGGGGGUUCUCAUUCACCAGUGGAAGCACGUCCCAGACCGGGGCCUCCGGUUUUAAUAUUGGCUCAAUGGCGAGUUCGGCCCAGCCCACAGCACUUGCCGGGUUGCCGUUCACUCCGGCCACUCUGGCAGCCACGGGAGCGGGAGCCACACAGCCAGCUGCUCCCGCACCCACGGCUACCACCACCAGUGCGGGGCCCACGCUCUUUGCCUCACUAGCAACGGCUCCAACUUCGUCCACCACCACUGGCCUCGCCCUCUGUGCCCCCGCAACCACAGCUGGAGCUUCCGGGGCUGGAGCGCUGGGCUUCAGCUUAAAGGCCCCUGGAGCAGUUUCUGCCACCUCCACGGCAGCAUCCACCGCCGCCACCACCACCACCAGCAGCUUUGCCUUGAAUCUUAAACCGCUGGCGCCAGCCGGGAUCCCCAGCAACACGUCGGCCACCGUGACCGCUGCGCCUGGCCCCAUUGCACCUGCUGGGGUCUCCGCCAGUCCCGUGAUGACCUACGCCCAGCUGGAGAGUCUCAUCAACAAGUGGAGCCUGGAGCUGGAGGACCAGGAGCGGCACUUCCUGCAGCAGGCCACCCAGGUCAACGCCUGGGACCGCACGCUGAUCGAGAACGGGGAGAAGAUCACCAGCCUUCACCGCGAGGUGGAGAAGGUGAAACUGGACCAGAAGAGGCUGGACCAAGAGCUCGACUUCAUCCUGUCUCAGCAGAAGGAGCUGGAAGACCUGCUGAGCCCGCUGGAGGAGUCGGUGAAGGAGCAGAGCGGGACCGUGUACCUGCAGCACGCCGACGAGGAGCGCGAGAAGACCUACAAGCUGGCCGAGAACAUCGACGCGCAGCUGAAGCGCAUGGCCCAGGACCUCAAGGACAUCAUCGAGCACCUGAACACGUCCGGAGGCCCCGCCGACACCAGCGACCCGCUGCAGCAGAUCUGCAAGAUCCUCAACGCGCACAUGGACUCGCUGCAGUGGAUCGACCAGAACUCGGCCCUGCUGCAGAGGAAGGUGGAGGAGGUGACCAAGGUGUGCGAGGGCCGGCGCAAGGAGCAGGAGCGCAGCUUCCGCAUCACCUUCGACUGAGCCUGGCGGCUCGGGGCCCUCGGCUCCCCGGGGUGUCCACCGGGGCCAAGGUGCAGCUAUUGUCUAGUUUUUGGUUGCGAUGAAAUACUUGACUGUGUGUUUGUUUCUUUCAAACAGUUGUGCUGUUGAGAGAACUGUUUUGUGGUUUGACUUUUCGUGUUAGCAAAUAGAAAGUAUUCUAGGUGCUCUGGUCCUGUCAGCAGCCUCAUAGACGUGGCUUCCAUGUGUAUCUUGUGUGUAUCCUGAGCCCUUUUUCACCUGGUGAAACCGCCCACUGCCACGACCACCCAGCUCAUCCUCCUCGCUCCAGCCCCGCGCUGGGGAAGGGCUGGUCCACCUGGGAGCCAACCACCUGUCUCCCAGCCGGCGUUCGCCAAGUGGCCACACUGUCCAACCAUAGUCACAGGUGCAGUGAGGAGAGACUGAGGUUAGACGACUCUGUCCUCGAGGAGACAGCAGCCUGGGAUGAGUACAAGAUGUGCACGUGUGGAAAUCAACCACCAGGGCGAAGAAGUGACUUGUGAAGAGAACAGAUAGUGAGAUGGGGAAUUUCAGAGGAGGAAAGAUGGGUCAGCUGAGGGACUUGAACGAGGCGUUGACAAAGGGUCAGACUCUAGCCAGGAGGCCUUCACUUGCCUGGCUGGCACACCUCUUCGUCCCCGGGUCUCCUUAUCUUAGGCCUCACCUCUUCCAGGAAGCCCUCUCGGCUGGGUCAGGCGGCCGUCCUGCGGGCCCCACACUACCCUGAGCUCGCGCCUUUGGUAACGCUUGCCGUGCUGCAUUGUGCUGACGGGUUAGAUUGUGAGCCCCUGUGGGCAGGGACUGUUUCUCGUUAGCUUGGUGUCUUUAGCACAAUCUCUGUCCUAUUUAUCGUGUGAACGAGCAAUGGAGAUGAAACCCAGCAUAAUUGUUAAUCCACAGAAUGCCUGCUGAAUUGGCCGCGGGUGGCAGAAGCAGCCACAGACUUGGUUCUGAGCCUCCCAGUGCCGGAGCAAACCCAGUCAGUCCCAGGGUGAUGGUCGUGUGUCCAGAGGCAGAAGCCAACCAGUUACAUCCCAGGAAUCUUGUAUUUGUCUGUACACUUUGCUGGACUCUCUGAAAUACCUGUGAUUGUGUGUUGCUUUUCUCAAUAAAAUGUAUUGCAGAACUGAAAA